UUUGAUACCCAAGAAGAUGAGAAAUUGCUCCAGGCAGCGGAAAAGUAUGAAGCUGAAUGUACAUCAAAGUUUCCAAGGCGCCAAUGCCUAACAACUGUCAUUGACCUCAACGGGAAAACAGUUUUUAUUACCAGAUAUAUCAAACCUCUGAAUCCACCACAGGAGCUCCUUGAUGCCAUCCCAAAUAGUUCUCAAACAGCAGCAGAACUGGUGGCUCGAUACGUUGCUUUGAUUCCUUUUUUGCCAGAUAGUGUGUCAUUUGCUGGAAUUUGUGAUUUAUGGAGUACAUCAGACCAAUUUCUUUAUCUUCUGGCGGGAGAUGAGGAGGAACACGCUGUGCUCUUGUGUAAUUAUUUUCUUGGUAUGGGGAAGAAAGCCUGGCUUAUCAUUGGAAAUGCUAUUCCUGAGGGAUCAACUGCAUAUGUAUUAACUUUGGAACAAAGUCAAUAUGUAAUUUGGAAUCCCCGUACUGGAUGUUUCUACAGGCAGUAUGAUACUUUCUGCCCCUUACAAAAUGUGUACUGUCUGAUCAGCUGUGACAAUAUUUGGUUUAAUAUGCAAGAAUAUGAUUCCCCAGUAAGGAUAAACUUUGAUAUCAGCAAACCCAAACUUUGGAAGCCUUUCUUUUCAAGAAGCUUGCCAUACCCUGGUCUCUGCAGCAUUCAGCCUGAAGAAUUAGUUUAUCAGCAUUCGGACAAGGCUGCUGCGGUGGAACUACAGGGCAGGAUUGAAAAAAUAUUAAAAGAGAAGAUUAUGGAAUGGAGACCAAGGCAUCUAACUCGUUGGAACAGAUACUGUACCUCUACCCUACGUAACUUUCUGCCACUGCUGGAACAAAACCAAGGCAAAGAUAUAGAAGACGACCAUCAGGCAGAGCUGCAAAAACAGCUAGGAGACUACAGGGUCUCUGGAUUUCCUAUUCAUAUGCCAUUUUCUGAAGUCAGACCUUUAAUAGAAGCUGUACACAGCACAGGAGUUCAUACCAUUGACGUUUCCAAUGUUGAAUUUGCUCUAGCUGUGUAUAUUCAUGCUUAUCCCCAAAAUGUUCUCUCUGUUUGGAUUUAUGUUGCUUCACUUGUACGAAAUAGGUAGUAUAGACCAGUCAGAAUCCCUCAAGAAUUUUGCUUAUGUAGGGGUAAAUGUAACAUAUUUUUCACACUGCUGAUUUGAGCUUAAAAAACUUGAGUGAGAACCCGAUUU